AUGCAUGAGGUGAUAACUAUAUCUGUUUCACAGCGGGCCAACCAUUUGGCAACCCAGUUCUUCAAUUGUCGGGAAACGCUAUUAUAUGAUAAUACAAAGGACAAAGUCAAUGAUCCAAAGAUAUUUCUGAAUCCUACCAUUGAUAGAAUCUCGAAGACUGUAUCUUACAGUCCUAGAGCUCUAUUAUGGGAUGCUAAAACUGGCAAUGGAUCAUUAGGUAGUUACCAAUAUUCAGAUGGAUCCGAUUAUUAUUUCAAAAAUGAUGAUGAUAAACCUUCAGAUGGAGAUCUUAUGCAAACUCAUCCAGUUAUUCCAAAGUCAGAUUAUCAACGAGCACUGGAUGCGGGAUUACCUGAACCAAAACUAAAUAAUAGCAAUACAAAGUACUGGUCAGAUUAUGCUAGACUUAUUUAUCAACCUUCAAGUUUUAAUAUUCUUCGGGAUUGGUACCAUGAUACAGAUAAUCCCAACAGACCUGACUUUAAAAGUCUGAAAGAUAGGAGAUUCGAUAAAUUUAUCAUUGGUGAGGAAGAAUUCAAGAGUAAUUACUUAGUUGACUUUUUUGAUACUAAUUUGCAUCAUGAGCUUGAGCAAUGCGAUACCUUACAGGGGUUUAACAUAAUAACAGACAUUGAUAAUGGAUGGGGUGGAUUUUCUUCAGCGCUCCUUGUAGAACUGCGAAAUGAACUUCCAAAAAACACCUAUUUUUCUUGGGCUUUUCAUGAAAGUGAUCCAUACACAGUUUCAUAUACUAGAAACACUAAGGUUCAGUUCAACAAAAAAACCGCUGAGCAAAUAUCUAACAAAAUCAGAGCAACUACAUCACUAUCACAAGAAUCUGAUUUGUUUAUUCCAGUUUAUUCCGAUCCUGAAUACUCUAACUGGGAAAUUGGCAGUUUAGUAUGCCCUCUCUUCGAUGGUCUAAAUUCUGUGCUUGAUGGAACUGAUACUGAGAAAAGAAGAAACAUGCAAUAUUUAUCAGAACUUCUUCAAAAUGGCGAUAAUAAUAGAAAGAUAAUAUCAUCAGCAAAUAUGAUAAGAAAAGAUAGGAUUAUAGACUAUUUAUACUAUUCUCGUUUCCCAACACAGUCUCGCAAGUCGUCUUCUGCAGUGUCUGAGUUUCAUGUCUUUAGCAAGUGUAAUAUUUCUAGAAGCAACAAGGAAAUGAAAGACAACGCAGAAAUAAAGAAUGUUACUAAUAAACAGAUAAACACCUAUGGAUAUAAAUUUGCUGAUACAGUUUCAGAUCAAUUUAAAGAGGAUUCUAAUUAUAAACUCUGCCUAACUAGUGAUGAAAGAUGUCGAAAUGUAUUCAAAGAGUAUGGCGAUUUUGUGUCCAAGUAUAUUAAAUAUGAUGAUGACAGAGAGGACAUGAAAAACAGUCUAGAAAAUACUGCAAGCGCAUAUGAGUUUGGCUGGUACGACGAUUCUGAUUCCGGGGAUGACAAUUAUUAA